UGAAAUUCCUAUAGAUGUGUAAAUCUUAAUUAGAAAAGUUUGAGUUCAUGUGGAUUGUAAAAUAUGUUCUCUCCACAAAUAAUUAAAAAAUCCCUUAAAGAAGGUAGCACAUUCAAGCUGCAACAUGAAUUUGAUACGUACCAAGAGAUACCCUGAAGACUUGGGAUGGCAAUUCUACCACAAGAUAAGUGGAAGAACAUAGGCAAUUGCAUCAGCCCUCGCAAAACAUCAUCAACAUUACCUUCUAACAUUUGUCACACAUGCUGCUCACGAGGUUACACAGUACAGUUCAUGCUCACAAGGAGACAACAAGUCAAUACAGAUACAAAAAGUUACAUAGAAGAACAGUAUCCACCUCCUGCCUGGGAUCAUCUUCUGUAGUCUUCUGCUUUUCUUUGAGACCCCUGUGUUCAAGGAGCAUAUCAUAUUAUUUGAGUUUACACAUGGCAGCAGCAGAUGUUUCAUUCUGUGCUAUUUCAACAGCUCCAGUGCUUGUGUUACAAACAAAUAAUGAAGAAGUUCAAACAGGCACACAAAGUGUCUCGCCAUACUUCAGAAAACAAGCUCUCGAGCAUCAACAUCGGAAAGAGUGCUUUGCCGCCAUGGAGAAUAUAUUUGGGAAAGACUCAGUGCAGGGCGAUUUUAUAGCAAUUAACUUUUUUGCUCUGGAAGGAUGGCAUCUCGCCGAGCUUUUUCAAGUACCUUGUGUUGUCGCAGCUCCAUAUGUUGUUCCCUACAGUUCUCCAUCAUCAUUUGAACGCAGAUUCAAAAUUGCACAUCCAUUAUUGUAUGAACAACUUCAAGAAGAUAGUCCUAAUAAGGUGUGUUGGAGGGAUGUGAUGCAUUGGAUGUGGCCACUUUUCACGGAGCGUUGGUCUUCAUGGCGGGAAGAUUGUUUACAUAUUAGCCCAUGUCCAUUAACGGAUCCAGUAACAGGGCUUCCUAUAUCACAUCAUUGGCCCAAAUCUCCAUUACUUUUGUAUGGUUUUAGCAAAGAAGUGGUUGAAUGCCCAGGCUACUGGCCACCAAAUGUAUAUGUAUGUGGGUUUUGGUUUCCACCAGCAGAAUGGGAGCUACCAAAACAAAAGGGUUCUGAAAACUCUGUUGAGGAGCCUGCAGAGGGAGAAAGUAUGAAACCCAUGAAACUGUGCCUGAAUCCUUCUAUUAUUCCAGUCAGGCUAAGACAUUUCCUUGCCGAGAGUUCAAAUAACAGCUGCAAACCCAUCUUUAUAGGACUAAGCUCUAUUGGGAGCAUGGGAUAUAUCGAAAAUCCUGAAGGUAUGCUUUUAUCAUUGAGAAAAAUUCUGGAAGAAACAAGCUACAGAGUUAUCUUUCUUACAGCUGGCCAUCCACCUUUGGAUACUGCCAUCAAAUAUUUUGCUGGGGAGUUUCAGGGGACUUGCAAACUUCCAGAUUCAUGUGCCCGUGAUUGCCAAGGCAUUUCAGAGACUGGUGAAGAUGGACAGCUACUACUUAAUAAUAGACUCCUUUGCUAUGCUGGUUCCAUACCAUACAGUUGGCUCUUUCCAAAAUGUUCUGUAAUAAUCCACCAUGGAGGCAGUGGAUCAACUGCAGCAGCUCUAUCUGCUGGAUUACCACAGAUAAUCUGCCCUUUCACAAUGGAUCAGUUCUAUUGGGCGGAGAGAAUGGGAUGGUUAGGGGUUGCACCACCACCCCUAAAGAAGAAACAUCUUAUCCCAGAUAACCAUAAAGAUAGUAUAAUGGAAGCUGCAAAUGCCCUCCUGGAUGCAUUAAACACAGCUCUGAGUGUUGGCAUGAGAACCCGUGCAGCCGAUCUUGCAGGCAAAAUUUGCUCUGAGGAUGGAGUUAGAAAUGCCAUUGAUAUUCUUACAAAAGAAGUCUGUGUUUCAAUGGACCUCUGUUGUGAAGAUUGAGGAUGCUUCUUUAAUGACUCAAAUGAAUCAUUUUUCAAGGAUGAAUCAAAUAUUUGUUAGAUUUCUGUCCAGUGUUGAUGUUUAAAUUUAUUUGUUAGAUUGUCAAAGAUCUAUUGCAUUUAUUUUCAUUAUGCUGGUGUAAAUUACAGGAUGGAGUUAGAAAUGCCAUUGAUAUUCUUACAAAAGAAGUCUGUGUUUCAAUGGACCUCUGUUGUGAAGAUUGAGGCUGCUUCAAUAAUGACUCAAAUGAAUCAUUUUUCAAGGAUUGAGGCUGCUUCAUUAAUUUAUUUGUUAGAUUGCCAAAGAUCUAUUGCAUUUAUUUUCGUUAUGCUCGUGUAAAUUACAGGAUGGAGUUAGAAAUGCCAUUGAUAUUCUUACAAAAGAAGUCUAUGUUUCAAUGGACCUCUGUUGUGAAGAUUGAGGCUGCUUCAUUAAUGACUCAAAUGAAUCAUUUUUCAAGGAUGAAUCAAAAGGUGUAUGAGGUUACUUCAUUAAGGUCUCAAGCAAAUGACUUGUUGAACUUGAACUAAAGGCAGACCAUAUAAAGUUAUAUUCUUCUUCUGUCAUCUGUGUCAGUAAAAUUGCAUGCAUUGUUUUUUUGUAAUUGUAUUUAGUUCUUGUCCAAUAAGCAUCAUUUUUAUAUUGCAAUGCUAUUCAAAUUGGGCACGGAAUUCAAAUAUAUGCUCUAUUGCUACUUUGCUAUGA